GGGGGCCGGCGGUUCAGGACUCUCUCCCCCCAGGUGGUGCUGGAGGAGGGGGGCUACGAGGCCAUCUGCAGGGACCGGCGGUGGGCUCGCGUGGCCCAGCGUCUCGCCUACCCCUCGGGCAAGAACAUCGGCUCCCUGCUGCGCUCCCACUACGAACGCAUCAUUUACCCCUACGAGAUGUACCAGUCGGGGGCCAACCUGGUGUGUGACGCCCGGCCCUUUGACAGUGAGGAGAAGGACAAGGAGUACAAGCCCCACAGCAUCCCCCUGCGCCAGUCAGUGCAGCCCUCCAAGUUCAACAGCUACGGGCGCCGAGCCAAGCGGCUGCAGCAGGAGCCGGAGCCCACCGAGGAGGACAUCGAGAAGAACCCGGAGCUGAAGAAGCUGCAGAUCUACGGCGCCGGCCCCAAGAUGCUGGGCCUGGGGCUGGUGGCCAAGGACAAGACCCUGCGGAAGAAAGACAAGGAGGGCCCCGAGUGCCCCCCCACGGUGGUGGUGAAGGAGGAGCCCCCCGGGGUGGAUCACCGGCUGGAGCCGGCAUCUCCCCGCCCCUUCCUGGAGGUGAAGGAGGAGCUGCGGCACAGCCCGGAGCCCUGCACCAAGAUGACCAUGCGCCUGCGCCGCAGCCACGGCAACACGCAGUUCAUCGACUCGUACGUGUGCCGGAUCUGCGCCCGCGGUGACGAGGACGACAAGUUGCUGCUGUGUGAUGGCUGCGACGACAACUACCACAUCUUCUGCCUGCUGCCCCCCCUGCCCGAGAUCCCCAAGGGGGUCUGGCGCUGCCCCAAAUGCGUCAUGGCGGUGAGCGGGGGGGCUGGUGCCCCACCCCUGUACUGCCCCGGCCACGCCCCCCGCUCUGCACCCGCUUGUCACUCUCAUGAACCCCAACACCCUCAUGGCCCCGCCCCCUCUGCUCUGGCCCCGCCCCCCACGCUGCACCCGCUCGUCACCCUCAUGAACCCCAACACCCUCAUGGCCCAUGGUGUGCCGGUCGUCCGGACCAAUCAGUGUGCAGGAGAGUUUGUCAUCACCUUCCCCCGGGCCUAUCAUAGCGGCUUCAACCAGGGCUACAACUUCGCGGAAGCUGUGAACUUCUGCACUGCUGACUGGCUGCCGGCCGGGCGCCAGUGCAUUGAGCAUUACCGCCGCCUGCGCCGCUACUGCGUCUUCUCGCAUGAGGAGCUGAUCUGCAAGAUGGCCGCCUGCCCCGAGAAGCUCGACCUCAACCUAGCGGCCGCCGUGCACAAGGAGGUGUUCAUCCUGGUGCAGGAGGAGCGCAAGCUGCGCAAGGCCCUGCUGGACAAGGGAGUGACGGAGGCAGAGCGCGAGGCCUUCGAGCUGCUCCCGGAUGACGAGCGCCAGUGCGACAAGUGCAAGACAACGUGUUUCCUUUCGGCAUUGGCCUGUUACGACUGCCCCACCCGCCUGGUCUGCCUCUACCACAUCCACGACCUCUGCAAGUGCCCUAGCAGCCGCCAGUACCUCAGGUACCGCUACACGCUGGACGAGCUCCCGGCCAUGCUGCACAAGCUGAAGGUUCGGGCCGAGUCCUUUGACACCUGGGCCAACAAGGUUCGAAUCGCCCUGGAGGUGGAGGACGGGCGCAAGAGGACGCUAGAGGAGCUGCGAGCGCUGGAGUCGGAGGCUCGCGAGCGCAAGUUCCCUGACAACGAGCUGCUACAUCGGCUGAAGAGCUGCCUGGCCGAGGCCGAGCGCUGUGUCUCCGACGCUCUGGGGCUCAUCAGCGGCCUGGAGACCGGGGUGCCUGCUGUGCCGCUGUCGCUGGAGGAGUUGCGCACCUUCCUGGAGCGCAUGAGCAGUGUGCCCUGCGUCAUGCACCAGCUGGCCGAUGUGCAGGCGGUGCUGGAGUGGGUUGGGGGGGCGGUGCACCCGGGCCUCGCCAGCCGGCGGGAGAAAGGCUCGGGCGACUCAGGAGCUGCUGACCAUUCGCCAGUUUCGCUGGAGGAGAAGGCCCAUCUCUGCCUCGAGGCCGGUGCUGGCCCCUGUGCGGUGACGCUGGGCAGCCAGCCCCAAGCGCACCAAUGGCGGGAGCCAGAGCUCGGCAUCGUACAGUCGGACACCGAGAGCCUGGGGCUGUGCGGCUCAGGACGCUGCGGCGACCGCCGGCUCUGGGUGAGCCAGCAGGCAGCAGGGAAGGAAUACGGGAAGCUGGAACCAGACUUGGCAGGGGGCUGCAGGGAAAGGGACCAGGAGACUCGGAGGCGCAGCUGCGCUGGGGGUGUGGCGGGCAUCGGGAAGCGAAUUGAGGCUGCAACGGCAGGGGGGCUGGUUAGCGCAGGCUGCCCCCUCCCCACUGACCCCCCCCCCCCGUCCCGCCAGAUCGUGGCGUUCAAGGAGGGCGAGCAGAAGGAGAAGGAGGGCAUCCUGCGGCUGCGCCGUGCCAACGCACUGAAGCCCGGCCCGCCGGCGCCUGGCCCCCCCUCCUGCGUGUGCGGCCAGCCGCCCGGGCCCCGCAUGCUGCGCUGUGAGCUCUGCCGCGACUGGUUCCACGCCCCCUGCGUGGCCUGGCCCCGCCUGGGCGCCCAGAAACCCUCACCUGCCUGGUGGGAGUGGGACACCAAGUUCCUGUGCCCGCUGUGCCAGCGCUCCCGCCGCCCGCGCCUCGAGACCAUCCUGGCCCUGCUGGUGGCCUUGCAGAAGCUGCCCGUGCGGCUGCCCGAGGGGGAGGCCCUGCAGUGCCUGACGGAGCGCGCCAUCACCUGGCAGGACCGCGCCCGCCAGCUGCUGGCCUCGUCCGAGCUGGCCGGGCCCCUGGAGCGCCUGGCGGCCUUGCGCCAACGGCUGCACGGGGACGCUGGCGCCCUGCGGGAGACCAGCUGCAACGAGCAGCCCAAGCUCUCCCUAGAGAACGGGGACGCCACACUGCCGGAGAAGAUGGGCCCCUUCACCUCUGGUAACGUGCCCCACGUUUUCUCUGCACCGGGGUGGGGGCAGGGGCUGGCACCAAGGGUGCGGUGUGGGGCACCGGGGGGACAGAAGGAAGGAUUUGGGGGGGGUUGCGGGUGGUAGCAGCUGGCACUGAAGGUGCAGUGGGGGGAGCAGGGG